CACCUCUGCCCCCACCGCCACCACUAGCACAAGUACAACGAUGGCCUUCCGCGCGGCCCCCAGCACCGACGCGCUCACCAACGUCGCAGCCUCUCUCCUCCUGAGCCCCACCUCAUACUUCCUGCGCAGCCAGAUCCUCGCGCGGCAGCGUGCCGUGAUCGAACCGAUAUGGCCACACUCGACCGUCAUCUCCGUCGGCUCCUGGCCCACGGGCCUCGCCCUCCGCGGCAGUGACAUCGACAUCGUCAUUUCCGUGCCACAAAACACCAUAGUCCGCACGAGCACCUGGGCGCAGCGGCUGCACCGCGCCAACAUCUUCGCCGGCCUCAGCGCCAACACGCCGAUGUCACUCGUCGGACGGCUAUCCCCAGCUCCCGUGCUGAAAUACGUCGUGCCAGCCACAGAGGACACGGGGGAAGAUGUAGCGGUUGACGUCUCGUACCAGCCGCUUGGGCCGAUGGUAGCGCGCAACGACUUCAUCACAUUGCAGCUCGGGGCACGACCGGGUGCGAAGGAGGCGCUGGUGCUGCUCAAGGCGUGGAUCAAGGCGGCAGACUUCGACCUGCCGCUGUACGGCGGAAUCGGCAGCUACGGCCUCACGCUGAGCAUGGUCGCGUUCCUGAACCGCUACGAGCGCGUCGGCAAUAAACUCCCGAAGACCCCGUGGGCAGUGCUCACGGAGUACUUGCGCUUCUACACACAUCCCGACCUCGAAAUGUUCCGCGGGGUCGUGGAUGUGAAGACCGGCGUGGUCCAGGAGCCCGGGCCGGUCGCGAACACGCUUGUUCUGGCGGAUCCGGUGCUGCGGCUGCAUAAGGUUGGGGAAAAGAGUGUGAGGAUCAUGGAGAUGGUGAAGGCGAUGACUAGGUUGUUGGAACGUUUGGAAAGCGCAGGUCCCGGGAUUGCUGAGGAUGAGGUGCUCAAGAUGUUUACGAGUAUAGAGAAUCCUGUGGUGAAGACGGAGGAAGAGAGGGAGGCCCAGAGGAUGUUGGCUGCACGAGCGGGAAAUAAGGCAAGGAGGAGUGCGCAGCAAAAAACGGGGAAUGUGCGGGUGUUGAAAAUGGGAGAGAAGGUGGCGAAUGUCGUGGAGAAAUCAACGGAGGAAGCUGCCGAGGUGUCACAGGCGGAGGGGCUGGAGGGAGAGGUGGAGGUUCCAAAGACGGAAGAAGAAUCAAAGGAAGUGGUGGAGAAGGAGGCGGAGAAGGUGGAGGAGGUGGUUGAGAAGGUGGUAGAGGCGGUGGAUGUGCCGAAGGAGGAGGAGCAGGCUGCCCAAGUUGUGAAACAGACACCGAAGGCCGAGGAGGUGCCAAAAGUAGAGGAGACAAUAGAGGCAACCCCCGAAGUGGCGCCCGAGGAGACGAAACCAUCAGAGGAGGCUGCAGAUGUAUUGCCGGAGGUAAAAACCGAGGAGCCCCGGAAGGAAACGGCAGAGAACCGAUGAUCUAGACUCCAAGAACACUUUCGUGUACUAUUUUAGAACUGGCAACAGGCGUUGGUUGGGGUGAUAUCACUGUCGCCUUCGUUAUUAUAGCUGUACCAUAGACCUCAUGUAUAAGUAACAACUGCUGAGACACCAUUCACACAUCAAUCCCGCUUAUCUAUGAAUGGG